AUGAGUGCCAUCAAACCACUUACCGUCUGGGUUCAUGGCCAAGGACCAAACCCUUUCAAAGUUCUCAUUACCCUCGAAGAACUCGGUAUCCCUUACAAAGCGAUCACCAUCGAGAAUCCCAAGGACGAGUCCUUCCUCAAGAUCAAUCCCAAUGGAAGACUACCCGCGAUCCAGGACCCCAAUGCGAACGACCUGAUUCUCUGGGAAUCCGGCGCCAUUGUUGAAUAUAUUGUUGAAACCUACGACAAGGAGAACAAGUUGACCUUUACUGAGGGGCCAGAGAAGUGGUACCUGAAGCAGUAUCUGCAUUUCCAAAUGUCCGGACAGGGCCCUUACUUUGGCCAGCAUGUCUGGUUCCACAAGUUCCAUCCUGAGGAUGUGCCCAGUGCGAAGAAGCGGUACGAUGAGCAGACAUUGCGUGUGUUUGAAGUUUUGAAUACGAUCUUAGAAGGAAAGGAGUAUCUUGUUGGUGAUAAGUUCACGUAUGCUGACCUAGUCUUCAUUCCGUGGGACCGUGUCGUGGAUGCAGUUUCCAAGGACAUGGUUGAAAAGGCUGGCGGUGAGAAGAAGUUUCCCAAUUUCUUUGCUUGGAAUAACCGGUUGAUGGCGCGGCCUUCCGUCAAGAAGUUGUACGGGUUGUAG